AUGGGUGACAAGGAGGAAGCUAAAGUGGACCUGAAAUACUCGAUGGCCGGGUUUACACUGCCGGAUCCCGAGACCAUUUAUGCGUCGCCCUUUCACGGCUGGGUCAUUUACCGGGAGAACGAGGCAAAAGCCAUGAUCCUCAUAGAGAAGAACGCGCCGAAUGUGCCAGUCCUAAAAGUCCUGGCAUAUUACAGAUAUGGCCCACAUUAUAAAAAGGUUUCCGGUGACCCUUAUUUCGACACGUUCAUAUUUAGGGAGUAUGUUGAAGGCGACCGACUUAAGAAGUCUUGGGGAAAAUAUGAUGAGAAAACCAAGCGUCGUGUUGCUGAUCAGUUGAAAACACAUCUUCGUGAUCUGCGCCAAAUUCCCGGUGGGUCCUAUAUUGGCUCGAUUGAUCAUGGACCGCUCAAGAUAUGA